AUGCUCUUCCUCCUCAUCCUUGUAAGCGCCCUCCCCGGCUUGCGAGCCACCGAAGCUACUAUAUGGAACACACCCAGCCACAUCCCUGAAGAUCUUGUGAACAUGCCCGACCCCACCGAUCCGGCAGAUCUCAAAUGGUUCUCCGAGAUCAAACGCAAACACCCAUAUCUUACAUGUAGCCAUAAACCUCUCAAGAUCAAGCGUACCAGCAAGGAAGUCUUGAGCAAUGGAUUGGGCCGAAAGUUCAAGGCCUUUAUGGGUAACAUCAUGUCAAACAUCCCCCCCGGCUAUGGCAAUUUAAAAUUGCAACGUGUGCUACCCUUGCAUCAAAUCUACAACUUUUGCCCGCAAUCAAAUGGUUUCUCAGUAGAACACGAUAGCAACACCCUUCUGAAAUUGGAAGGGGCGUCGUUCAACACGGAACAGCCUGCCUGGACGGCUUCUGUUCCCAAAGACGGCGGAGUUGAGAGUGUUGAGAUAGCAGUCAGGAAGAAAUCUUCCGAUCGACCAGAAAUGAUCAAAUUCGUAUUAGGGCGCACCUAUCCAAUCAAUGAUGCAGCAAAUUGGCAGCGAUUCCAACUGCUUGCCUACAAAUUGCGAACUGAAAAAGAAAAAACAGUGGUUCACAAACAAGAAAAGAAAGAACCGGCCGACAACCAAGGAAAAAAAGAAGGGUCUCACAAACCAGUCAAUCCAACCAAGUACCUUUGA